AUGAAUAUAGAUGUAGCUGGGUUGCAUAGAAAGCUCCAAUUAAAUGAACUCGAGGAGAUUAGGCACAAGGCUUACGAGAACGCUCGCAUUUACAAGGACAAGACCAAGGCAUAUCAUGAUAAGAUGCUUUGUACAAAGACAUUCUCCAAGGGGCAGAAAAUGCUCCUCUUUGAUUCUCAACUUCGGUUAUUUCCCAUCCAAGUUCAAAGCUUGAAAACCGGCCACGAAUUCAAGGUGAAUGGGCAUCGUUUGAAGCCCUAUUACGACUUGUUUGAAGAGCAUGUAGUGGAGGAACUAUCCCUCUAUGCCGUGGGCUCCAAGGAGGCUUGA